CUUACAACCGGAAACAUGGGCCAGGCGAGCGCCGCGAUCGGUGCCGACAUUGUGGAUGCCCACCACCACUUUUACGACACCAACGAGAAACACUACUCGUUCCUCAAGUCGUUGGGGGCAUCGCCAUACCUCCCUGAACAGUACGCCGAAGCUGUCGGCGAGAUUCCCAUCUCUCGGUCGGUCCACAUUGACGCCAUGCCGGACAGUGGCAUUGCGGAAGUUGAGUGGAUCGAAAGCCUCAUCGCUGCCGGACGUGCCCCCACCGUCGCUGCAAUUGUCGCUGCGGUCAAUCUCGCGGAAGAAGACGUUGAUGCCCAACUCGCUGCGAUCGUUGCCGCGUCGUCGAAAGUCCGAGGCGUUCGGUUCAUGGUCGACUACGAAGGUCCGUUCGACGGUGGAAAGAACGCCACUCACAUUGCUGUAUCUCGUCACGGAAACGACUACAUCCGUGAUACGUCGGGGCCUGCACAAGCAUUCGAGCGUGGGUUUGCUUUGCUCGCCAAACACUCCCUCUCCUUCGACUUGCAGUGCAGUCCGUUGCAGUUGGAUGCCGCCGCCGCGCUCAUCUCGCGCCAUCCCGACGUACCUGUCGUCGUAGAUCAUUUGGGUAAGGUGCGUCAUCUCGCUCUCGAUGGAAGCGAUGCUGAAACCAACAAGCUUGCCGUGUGGCGCGCGGGAAUGACCAAACUCGCCGCGCUACCCAACGUGUACGUCAAGCUGUCCAUGUUGGGUUACGUGGUACCUGGCUGGCAUGAAGAUGCAAAGAAAGAAGCAUUCGUUCGCGACUUGGUGCGCGAAGUCAUCGGUCUCUUCGGUGUCAACCGCUGCAUGUUUGCCUCCAACUGGCACCAGAACGGCGCCGCCGCCAACGCCGACGGCAUCGAUGCCACCGGCCCCACCAUGCCCGAACUCUAUGCGAGUUUUCACGAGUGGGUGUCCGAAUUCUCCGAAGCCGACCGACGCGCGCUGUUUGCCGGGACGGCUGCCAAGUUUUACCGCAUAUAGAACGCAGCAGCCUAUGCUUGCGACGAUGAAUGCACAGCUCAAAAUAUCUUUGCAAGUCGUCUCCUUCAUGGCACGUUCUGCGCAUCGUUUGAGCACUU